ACAAAAGGGGGAAAUCGGCCAUGAUUUCUUCUGCUUCUAUUAUCAAACUGCCGUCUUCCCUCAAAAAAUCACACUCGUGUUCUUGAAUCGCCCGCAACCGCAAGCUCUUGUCGCCGGAAGUGAUUCUCAGGAGUCAAGAGAUUACUGUGGCUCUCUUUCUAUCUGCAAGCUCCACCACAAUCACACGCUCACGCAGCUACACGACAAUCUUGGGUUCUGGAACCCACUGGUAGCCAUCCGUCCUCCUUGAUUUACACGCGCACAGGGCGGCGCCCACAAACCGACAGCCAAGCGAGGUAGCUCCCAGCUCCCAGCUCCGCGGUUCCCGUUCCACUCGGCAUGGCUCCGCAGGCGUGGAUUGUGGGGGAGAAGGGCGAGGACCUCCAAGGGCCCAAGGAGUCCCUUCCCCUCUCCAAGCUUGAAGAUAUUGGUGUGCUUUAUUGGCAGUUGGAUCCUAAGAAGUCUGAAAGCGAAGAAGAGCUUGCAAAAAUCCGCAAAGAAAGAGGAUACAGUUACAUGGACCUUAUUGAGAUAUGUCCUGACAAACUGGAAAACUAUGAGGAGAAGCUGAAGAACUUCUUCACUGAGCACAUGCACGCUGACGAAGAGAUCCGCUACUGCUUGGAAGGUAGUGGGUACUUUGAUGUCCGUGACAGGGAUGACAAGUGGAUUAGGAUUUGGAUAAAGGAAGGAGACAUGAUCAUCCUGCCUGCUGGAAUUUAUCAUCGGUUCACCCUGGACAGCACAAAUUAUGUGAAGCUCAUGAGGCUUUUCAUCGGGGAACCAGUCUGGACUGCGCUGAACAGGCCUCAGGAGGGCCACCCCUCAAGGCAAGAGUACGUGAAGAAUGUGAUGGGGAACAAUGGAUUUGCUCUAGCAGCACACUGAACCUGUCGUUGCCGUUCGUUCAGCAAGAUACAAACAUACGCAAGGUAUAUAUGGUCAGUCAGAUGCGAAACUUUGCUGUGUUGUUAUGGAACAUCAUUCUGCACUAGUUUGUACACGUAGAAGAUACACACUGCAUCUGCAUCGUGUGGGAACGUACGAUGUAGUAUUUUCUCUUGUGCCUGCUUGAUACAGAUACCCUUGGAUGUUUAUGAUUGCAGCAGCAGCAGCUGCCAGCAAUUCUGUAUAUGUAUGAUGUAUCUUACCUGACCUUGUGUGUGGUACUAAUGUCUGUCAGGCAAUGGAAAUCUCAUGGCAUCGAGGACUGAA